CCAAUGGAAGGAGUGAAUCAAUCUGUUGUGUCAGAGUUUGUGUUCUUGGGACUCACCAACUCUUGGGACAUCCAGUUAUUCCUUUUUGUGUUCUCCUCCAUCUUUUAUGUAGCAAGCAUGACAGGAAACUCCCUCAUUGUGUUCACUGUGGCUUCUGACCCUCACUUUCACUCUCCCAUGUACUUUCUGUUGGCCAAUCUCUCCUUCAUUGACUUGGGUGUUUCUUCUGUUAUUUCCCCCAAGAUGAUGUAUGAUCUGUUGAGAAAGUGUAAAGUCAUCUCCUUUAGAGGUUGUGUCACUCAAAUCUUCUUCAUCCACUUCAUUGGUGGUGUGGAAAUGGUGCUGCUGAUAGCCAUGGCCUUUGACAGGUAUGUGGCCAUAUGUAAGCCUCUCCAUUAUCUGACUAUUAUGAGCCCAAAGAUGUGCAUCUUGUUUUCAGUAGCUUCCUGGGUUGUUGGCUUUAUGCAUUCUCUGGUUCAAUUGGCUUUUGUAGUAAACUUACCAUUCUGUGGACCAAAUGUGUUGGACAGCUUCUACUGUGACUUUCCUAGGUUCAUCAAACUUGCUUGCAUAGACACAUACAGACUGAAAUUACUGGUCUCAGUCAACAGUGGAUUCAUGUCUGUGGGCUCCUUCUUCAUACUGAUCAUUUCCUAUAUUGUCAUCAUAAUCACUGUACAAAAACACUCUUCAAGUGGUUCCUCCAAGGCUCUGUCCACACUUUCAGCUCAUGUGACUGUGGUGGUCUUAUUCUUUGGUCCUGUGAUGUUCAUCUAUACAUGGCCUUCUUCUUCCACACACCUGGAUAAGUUUCUGUCCAUAUUUGAUGCAAUUGUCACUCCGUUUCUGAACCCUGUGAUCUAUACGUUCAGGAACCAAGAAAUGAAAAUGGCAAUGAAGAGAGUAUUGAACCAGAUGCUGGGUUAUAGACACACAAUUAAACACUUGACCUGUGAACAAUCUUAA